AUGGGUCAGCUUAAGGAACUCAUUACUACUUUACUAGGGCCUACUGUGGAAAAUAAAUUAGAAAAAUUUCCUGCAAUAAUUAAUAAUAAUGUACCAUUUGCUAAUGUUAGAAGCUCAGCUACCGCUAAAAACUACUUGACUGUUUUGAAUUUAUUAGAAACUACAAGAGAAACCAUUAAAAAUCCUAGUUUUUUGUUGGGAAUGAUCACCUUAGGGAUUGAAUUGAAUGCAAAUGGGUUUUUACCGGAUUCCUUCUGGUAUCAUAUAUUCAUUUUGAAGCUAUCACCAAAAUUAUAUUUAGCAAAGGAUUCACAAUUAUUGAUAUAUUUAUUCAGAAGAGGGAUGAUUAUUGAUAAUUCAGUUUCUUGGAAAUGUUUGGCGUUAUUAUCUAAAAUUUUAAAUGAUUUGCCAGGAACAAGGAAAACUAUUACAAAUAUGAUCAGAGGAGAUUGGUCUAAACCAUUUGGAGAUGUGUUAGACACAUCGAAGGAUUUUCAACAAAUCUUUUUCACAGUAUAUCUGUUAGCAGUUUGUUUCCCCAGGAAAUCAGAGAAUGAAGUGGGGAUAAUUAUGCCUCCAGAGAUUUAUGCCUCUUCAGAUAAAAAUAUAUUUAUAUUUAAUCAUGUUUCCUAUCCAUUAAUUAGUUCUAAUUCCUCCAAAGGUAUCUUUAAUUUUAUUAGAGAUAUUUUUAAUUAUAACUUCCAGUCAUUAUCAAAGAUAAAAUCCAUCACAUAUUCUUUUUCACAUAAUCCAAAUAAAGUACAGGAAUUUAACGCUGUAGAUAAUUUGAAUAGAAAACAACCACUUUAUUGUCAAUUUAUCUUCAAUAAUUUGUAUAUUUGGUUUAAUGAAAAUUUCCCUGUUGAAAUUAAUAGAAAAUAUAUUGAAUUAAUUAAAACGUUGAAAGGGAAUAUUAGAAUUACUUUUAAAGAUGACAUGAAAAAGGGAGAAGAAUAUAUCAACACAAUAAAUAUUUCAUUAAAGAAUUUUUUUGAAAAGACUAAAUGGUUAGAAUUUCAAUUUGAAACAGAAUUGAAUUCAAAAAUAAUUUAUGAUGCUUUUAAGAAUAGUGUUGUUAAGAUAAGUCAAGCAGAAACUUAUCUGCUACUUCAAACUAGUCAAGAUGAUAUUAAAAUGUCAGAAAUUGAAGAGAGUGAAGAGGAAAGUGAAACUAUUACAGCUAGCUCAGAAGGGAUCUCUACUAAUCAUGUAUCUGGGAAUCAAUUAACUGUUCGUUCAAACACUAAGUAUACUGGUCAAAAACCAAUGACCCCUGAUAAUUCUUCUUCAAAGGAGGUGAGUAAUGAUAUUUGGGAUAUUUCGAAUCCUGAUUCAAUAUCAAACUCAAUAGAUAAAUUACCUGAAGUAGAUGCUGCUAGUACAAGCUUGUUAAUUAAUGGGAAUAAGACACAGCAAAAUAAAGUUGGUUCAAGCCUAUUAACAAAACCAAUUAUGGUGUUAGAUGAUUCACCAACGGUAGAUGCUCAGAAAAGGAAGAAAGUUAGAGCGUUUUCUAAGAUUGAUGAAUUACCUGAAAUACAACAAAAUGAAAUACCAUCAAACCCUGUAAUCUCGAAGUUACCGAGCAAAAUUGCUAUAGAUGAACAGGAUAAAAUGCAUGCACCUUCAUUAGAAAUUACCAACUGUAUAAUCUCUAACACAAAUAAUCAAGUAGCCAAAGCAAACAAAAAAGUAAAACAAGCAAAUUCAAUUAUUGGAAAUAAAGAAAUUACACUCUUGGAUUCAAUUUUUGGUAGAGGUAUUAACAAGAAGGAGAAUUCAAAAACUAACAAUAGAAAAAUGAAAAAAAAAACUAAACCUCAAAAACAACAAAGUUUAGAUAUUUUUAAUCCAAUAGUUGAUGUACCUUCUCAAAUUGAAACAACAAAUGCAAAUAAUAUUACAAACAAUACCUCCUCAGUAAGCAAGGAAGACAUAUUUAUUAAAGAAGAAAAUUGUAAGAAACAUAAAGCAGAGGAAGAAAUAGACAUGAAUCAAAUUCCACUAAUAAAGAAACCGCAUAUUUCAAAUGUAGAUGAUGCUAGUUUAAAAGUUAGCACAAAUAAAAAAAAUAAUAUACCAAAACAACUAUCUCAUGAUGACACAUCGAGCAACUCCACCACGCUAAUCGGAGAUUCUGGAUUGAUUAAAAAGCCAGAUAAUCUAUUCACAAAUGUACUGGAACAACAGAUCUAUAAUUCAGUCAACCAUUUCACCAGUAACCUUACUAAGAAGAUCAAUUUGAUCAAUGAAGAGUUGAAUCACAAGAUAGCAAGCGAACUAUCGGAUAAAUAUCAAACACUCUUUGCCGAAUUACAAACCAAAUUCCAAGAUGAUGUCAAUGAGAUGGUGAAAUUCACAUCAAACAUUCUCAAUAUGUUACAAUUACCAGAACAAGAAUUAGUAGCAAUGAUUCGGAGUCAUAGUAUUGUCAAUUGUCCAUCGAAUAAGAAUGUAGAUCAGAAAACUACCAGCACGAAUGGGGUAUAA